UAACCAUGCCGAGCAGUAGGCCUCAGCAGAAUGAUCAAAAGCGUUUUAUAGGUCAACGAAUCCUAAAAUCGGACAUCAUCAAUUUGGAACUACACUGUCGAGCACACACAGCCCCAUUUUGUAAGAGUUCAAAUACUGCGCAAAACAUGGUGAUCGCUCACGAGGCAGACAACAAGACAAUUCCAAAUUACAUGAAGUACGUGCUGGGCGGUACGGCGGGCAUGUUGGGCUCUUGCAUUGUACAGCCGCUCGAUUUGGUGAAGACCCGGAUGCAAAUAGCGGGUGCCAGUGGCCAGAAGGAGUUUAGCAGCUCGUUCGACUGCAUCGCCAAGGUAUUCAAGUCCGAGGGCCUGUUGGCCUUCUACAACGGGCUCAGCGCCGGCUUGCUGAGACAGGCGACGUACACAACGGCCCGCAUGGGCGUCUAUCAGAUGGAGAUCGAAGCCUAUCGGAAGCGUUUCGAUAAGGCGCCAACAGUGCUGGCCAGCAUGGCCAUGGGCAUUUUGGCGGGCGCCUGCGGCGCCAUGGUCGGCAAUCCGGCGGAGGUGGCACUCAUACGGAUGAUGUCCGACAAUCGUCUGCCGCCGGAACAGCGACGCAACUACAAGAAUGUCGGAGACGCAGUCGUCCGGAUAGUUCGGGAGGAGGGCAUCUUUACGCUGUGGCGCGGCUGUUUGCCGACUGUGGCACGCGCCAUGGUCGUCAAUAUGGUGCAGCUGGCCUCCUACUCGCAGUUCAAGGCCGCGUUCAAGCAGUACCUGGACGAGGGCCUGCCGCUACACAUUGUGGCCAGCAUGUUCUCCGGCCUGCUGACAACGAUUGCCUCAAUGCCGCUGGACAUGGCCAAGACGCGCAUACAGAACAUGAAGGUAGUCGAUGGCAAGGCCGAGUAUAAGGGCGCCGUUGAUGUCAUCUUGAAGGUGAUCCAGAACGAGGGCUUCUUUGCCCUCUGGAAGGGCUUUACGCCCUAUCUGGCACGCAUUGGCCCGCACACGGUGUUCGCAUUUGUUUUCCUCGAGCAGCUCAACAAGGCCUACUACAAGUACGUGCUCGGCUCGGAGAGCUCUGGACCGGGUCUGUAGGCCAGAACAGGCUGGAUCAGGAUCAAAAACCCAGACUAGUAGAAGUUGCACGAGUCUGCAGAAUAUUUCAAAUCGAAGCACUCACGCAUAUGUAUUUAUAGGUGCAUACUUUGUUAUAGAUGGGUUGUUUCUCAAUCGCUUGAUUAUGUGUGUACAGUUCAAAAUUUACAUUAAACGAUUGGUUGUAAUCGCUUAGAA